UAAAUUAGUAAGCAUGCGCAACUCGAGCUCCACAUCACAGCUAAUAAAAGCUGCAGCUAACACGUACUGUUUUGCAUGCGCGCGCUUAGCUUAAUUCUCACGAGCUGAUCGAUCACAGGUUAUUCAAUUAGUUAAGUUCAGCUACUUAAUUAGCUAGCUCCAUUACACUGCAAGCUAGGCCCAGAUCGAUGGCAGCUUGGUCCAUGGCGUCUCUGAUGAUCGUCGCCGCCAUCUUCCUGCUCAGCCUCACCUCGGCGAGCGUCGUCCAUGGCCGGAGCAGCAGGAGGAGGUUCGUCAGGAGCUACGACGAGCCGUGCAUGGAGAUGAGGCUCUACCUCCACGACAUCCUCUACGACUACAGCAACAGCACCACCAACUCCACGUCGGCGGCGGCCACCAAGCCGACGGCGCUGAGCACCGCCGUGUCGAGCCCCGGCUACUUCUUCGGCAGGGUGGUGGUGUUCAACGACCCGAUGACGGAGGGGAGGGCGCUGCCGCCGUCGCUGGAGGAGACGGCGGUGAGGGCGCAGGGGCUCUACCUUCUCGACAAGAAGGACGACUUCAGCGCGUGGUUCGCCUUCUCCAUCGUGUUCAACUCCACGGCGCGCCGCGGCACGCUCAACCUCAUGGGCGCCGACCCCAACGCCGCGACGAGGGACAUCUCCGUGGUGGGCGGCACCGGCGACUUCCUCAUGUCGCGCGGCGUCGCCACCCUUCGCACCGACGCCAUCGAGGGAUUCAAAUACUUCCGGGUGCAGAUGGACAUCAAGCUCUACGAAUGCUACGUCUGAUAUAUAUAUAUAUGUAUACAUAUAUAUAUAUAUAUAUAUGUAUACAUAUAUAUAUAUAUAUAUAUAUUGCACACGUGAUGCACGUUUUAUAUAUAUUUAACGUGAUGUUUAGUUUUUUUUUUUUUUUGGAAUUUCUAUCUCGAUACCGGUUUGUUUUACGACGAGUACUGAUAGUGAUAUGCAAGAAUGAAUGUGCAAAUAAAUGUAACUCAAACCAGUUUGUCUUUUCUGACAGUCUGUUGACAAUGUAUCACAUCUUCAUUUUCAUACAAUAAAGAUGCAUUUAUAUAACAA